AUGAAGGGAAACGACGAGCUAGAGCAUGUAGAUAGGCUGAGAAACUUGCCAGAGUGCUUGAUGUUACAGAUUCUCCUGAAACUUGGCACCAAAGAUGUGGUCAAAUGCAGUGUGUUAUCAAGCUGGUGGAGAAAUUUCUGGAAGCUUGUACCUGGAUUGGACUUGGAUUUAGAUGAUUUUCCGGACCACGUUGCUUUCGCGAGCUUUAUCGACAGGUUUCUUCUGAGUUAUAACAGCGAGUCGCGUCUGCAACAUUUCAAGUUCGCGUACGAACCCGAAGAAGAGGAUGAUGAAGUUGAUGUCUCUCGUCUCAUCCGGUGGAUCAGCACUGUUAUUGACCGGAAAGUGCAAGACCUCCAUGUUUCGUGCAGAGCAGUGGAGAUACCUCAAACAGUGUACACUUGCGAGAGCUUAGUAUCCUUAAACCUCCGUGGGGUUAUCUUGCCUAAUCCCAAAAUUGUUUCUUUACCUUUUGUCAAAGUUAUCGCUCUAGAUUGGGUUAGGUGUACAACGGAUUGGGGUUUGGGAAGGCUCAUCUCAGGCUCCCCUCUUCUCAAAAGCUUUACACUAACCUUGUCUACAUGGAGGAGACAUAGGCUUUAUAAAGACCUAGUGGUUGCAAUUGAUGCCCCUAGGCUAGAGUAUCUCAGGAUCUAUGAUAUAUUUGCCCAAAGUUUCAUAAUACACAGUCUCGGUUCCCUUGUUGAAGCGGAUAUCGAUAUCGCGUUUAACACGCUCUGCAAAAACAGGUAUGAUCCGGAGAUAAUGUCCCAAUGA